GUGAUCAGUCACUUAGAAUCAUUUUGUUAGACGUUUUAUGUUCGAUGUUGUAAUAGAGACGUUUGUAAUUUUUGUUCUUUAUAUGGAAAACGUAGUAUUUUACGCUAAAUAUAUGUAUUCGUCGAGGUAUUAUAGAAUAUAGCGAACUCUGGGGUGAUGGAGUCGCCGCCUUCCUUUUCGACUCACUCCGAAGCGCCUCCGUUGAGUGAAGACAGUGGCUUGCUUAUUACCAGUGGCUCAUUUUCUAGUGAUUCCGCAAGUGGAUGGCAUCAUAUCGCAUCUGAGUUGCAAGAGAGCGACUUCGACGAGAGGUCGCUGUCGCUGUGCGAGUCAACGGAUGCUUCGGAGCGCAUUUGCGGCGACUUUUUCAACACCGUGAAGAAGGGUCCUGGCAAAGUCAUCCUCACGGCCAUCGAACCACCCCCAGAAUUUCAGGAUAAUCCAGUCCCAACAAGCGUAGAAUGUACUACUACGUUUGUUGGGACCAAGAAAAAAUGUUUGGCUGUGUGCGUGCCUCCAUCUGUUAUAUGUACCAAUGAUAUUAUUAAUAAACCAAAUUCAACGAGCUUAAAUAUACCAGUAACUCCCGGUCACGUGUCUCCUAUAUACCCCAGGAAAUUGAAACCUGAAGGUCUUUACGACAGGCGGCAGUGCUUAAACCACCGAUUCGCUAGCCCUAGGCUGUUACAUCUCAGCCCGUGUCGAGCCACGCGACCUUCCUCCAGGAAUUCCCUUUCCUCGAGACUUUCGAGUAGUCAUAACUCUCUCAUUACGCAAUUUCAAGCCGACGAUUCGAGUUUUAUUACUCAAGCCAUUUCGCACGACGCUCUGUCCGCAAAAACAUCGGAUAUUACUGACAUGUACAACGUACCCUUCGAUAGUGAUAUCUAUGCGGUACCCAUUGAUAUGAUAGGGCCUGGCCAUGGAAAUAUUAGGGGUAAAGGAAAACGACCACAAAGAACAACUAAACGUCGUAGCAAAACUAACACAAUAAACGUGACUACAAACAAUACUCCUAUUGAUAGGAGCUACAAGCCAAAGGAAACAAGACAUAAGGACACUAAGACUAAAAGGCACUCGUUGCCGGGUUCCUCUUGCAAGAAGAAGAUCUCUGCGGAAUCUGAUACGGAUUCACUACACCUGACUCUACGUGAAAUGAGAAAAUACUUGCAUACGCUGUACUCCAGCUCCAGCGACUCUGAAUGCCGAAAUACGAUAAGUAAAAAGAACAAUACCAUUUUAGCAAGUGUCAGCGUUCAUUCGCGUCACGGGCCUAAAGAGGCCGCUACGGCUGUGUUUCUGAAAGAGAGCAACGAACCCAGGACUGUUGAAACGAAUAACAACCACAAAAAGACGAACAAGAACACGGCUGACAUGAAUGUGAAGAACAAAAAGCACAAAGAGAACGCGUCUAAAGAUAGUAGCAUUAUGGAGAUCGAUAGCGCAAAGAAGAAAGGUAAUCAGGGUAGUAAGGUGAAAAUGUCACCCGUGAGGUUGCUUUCGAUGAAUUUGAAGCAGAGCUUCUGCAACCUCUUCCGAUGGAGAAGGUCUAGUGAUGGUGAUAGCGUGGAGAAGAUAGGGCGUGACUCGCCUCCUCCGGCCGUUAGGAGGGCUCUGCCUCCGCUGCCGCAAUCGCCUCAUCCAUCAAACUCGAGGCGAUCGGCGAAUGAUGACGACACUGUGAUGGACUUUGCGACCUCGAUCCAAAAAGUUAAAGAUUAUGGGUGGUACUGGGGUCCGAUAUCAGUGGAAGCAGCGGAGAAGAUCCUUUCCAACGAGCCAGAUGGAUCAUUUAUCGUGCGCGACAGCAGCGAUGAUCACUACAUCUUCACGCUGACCUUCAAGCUCAACGGGUUGCGUCAUGUUAGAAUAGAACAUGAUCAGGGUAAUUUCUCGUUCGGCGGUUGCACAAUGUUCAAAGCGCAGACCAUAGUGGAGUUCAUCGAGAACGCUGUGGAAACUUCUAGAAGCGGACGCUAUUUGUUCUUCCUGAAUCUGCGGCCGGUGCUGGGGCCGGUGCGCGUGCAGCUGCUGUACCCGGUGUCGAGGUUCAAGCGUGUGCAGAGCCUGCAACACAUGUGCAGGUUCGUGAUCCUGAAACAAGUCCGGCGCGAUCUCAUCAGCAGCCUGCCCCUGCCACGCCGCCUGCUCGACUACUUGAACGCCACCCACUACUACUCCGAGCUGAUAGCGGACUUAUAGGUUAUGAUACACCAGCUGAACAUGCAGUCGCAUCGUCAUGAUAUACGUCCAUUGCAAUCAUUGUAGACUAGGCUUUAUGUGAACUCCUCGCGUUAGUGGUUCCGUUUGUAGUGCUGAUUUUAGUGUUGGAACUUACAGUGCGGAUGUGCCGGAUCGCGUGCUGUCCCGUUCGCACUCACGCCGCGGGGCGCAUGCCGUCCCCCUCACUGGUUUCGGAAAGCGCUGAAUUGUUACAUUUAAAGAUUUUUGCAAUUUACGAUGUACGAAUGAAAGAGAACGUUCUAAAUGAAACGCAAUUAAAUCCAGAUUUGACAAACACAAAUAUGAAAUAUGCGAAACGUUGAUUUUUCUUUUUUUUUUAGUCUUGGUUAACAAAAUAUUGUGGCAAAUGACAAUAUUUUUAUCUUUAUACAUUCAGGCUGUGGUACUGAACAGUAUUAUUAUGUAAGUCUUUGGUUUUUAAACGUCAGGAUCGCGAUUUUGAUUAACGAAUGAAAUUAUUAAUGUAAUUUUUUUAAUGAUUUGACAUUAUUUUUAAGCAAAUGGUUAUAAUUUAAUAAAAUCUCUAUUUUAACUCUACGUUGACAAAAAUUAAGAAUGCCUGGCGUUUAUUUAGUGCUUUCCAUUUAUUUUUUAUUCAUUUGAAUGUAUGAAAUUUAUAUUUUGUGACAAUUUUGUGAUUAUUGUAUACGUAUCAUGGGAUUAAUUGUAAUUUUUGUAUCUAUGUAUUAUUAAUAUUGAUUUAAUGAUUAAUUUCUUUAUUAUUUUAUAAUUUAGUGAAAUGUACAUUUUUUUUUUUGUUGACACUUCAUAAUAAUGUUUCGCAUAAUAUUUCUUUGUAAAGUAUAAUAUGAUUUGACUUAAAUAUUGAAAGUUUAUAUUUAUAUAUUAGUUAAUUUGUUGCUUCACGUUUAGUUUCUUAGGUUUGUGUAAAUUAACAAUUAAUUAUUUUUAAUUACUGAUAAUAAUUAUUGUAUUUAUUUAUGAUUUAAUUAUUUAGAUAACGACGCAAAUACGUCUAUUUCACCAAAGAUGAAAAUAUUGUAAAUUAAUA